CCUUGAAGAAGACAAGAUUGAAAUCUACAAUUCUUUACUUCCUAACAAAUGAAAGCAGGUUAAAAAGAACUCUAGUUUUGGCAGACCAAUAUCUACAUUAGUUAAUUCAAAAUCGAGGAAUUUUAAUAUGAAGAAGAGUAAUUUGACUGGAGUACAUAAGGGAUUUCAAACAAAACAAUUGCCUACAACUAUCAGUUCCCCGUUAAACGAGGGAGUAAUGAAAUCAACUAUGCAUCCUUUCAGAGGAAUCCAUGAAUUUCAAAGCAAUCAAACCCCAUUCAACUACAAACUAUCAAGAUGUAGCAUGGACUCUAAUCUAAAAUGAAGAAGAAAUAUUAGUACAAAAGGAAUAUUUGGCUCAAAGCAUACCCCAAACCGUCGAUCAAAAAUCAUCCAACUCCCAAAGCCAUCACUGAACUCCAAGGCUCCUUUCAAGAAGAGUAAAUUCAGCACUAUCACCUGCUCUGAAGGGACACUUCGGUCAAUCCUGGGUUGCAAAGUCAUUGACCAGAGUAAGUCCCAAUUUGAGAACCUCACUAAGCGGAUCAACAAGAUGUGUAAGAAAAACGACCAGACCUCAAAGCAAGCCAAGCUGGAGAAUUCUCUUCGUACAAAAUUCUCAAGGAAUUCAAAAUCUAGGAAGAAACUUAUGUUCAAGUCUUUACCCGUUCUUUAAAGUCAAUUGUAGA